AUGACCUCAGUUAAGCACCCGAAGAUUAGCGUCCUCGGCGCAGGAGAUAUCGGCUGUACUUUGGCCCACAUGAUUUGCGAAAAAAAUCUGGGUGAUGUGGUUCUGCAUGACUUCAGAAAGGACCUGCCCAAGGGAAGAGCCCUCGACAUUCUACACACGCGCCCCCUCAACCGAUCCAGAAUCAACAUCCUGGGCACGAACGAAAUUACAGACAUUAAGGACUCCCUCGUCGUGGUGGUGACGAUAGAGGUAUCCGAGAGAGAGUUCGCUGAGUUCGAUGAAGAAGACAUAGAAAGACAGGUGUACACUUCAAACGUUAAGCUACUGAAGGAGGUCUCCAAGUCUAUUAAGAAGCACUGCCCCCAAGCUUUUGUUGUCGUCACCACGAAUCCAGUUGAUUGCAUGGCCAAAGUGUUGCAGGUCCAUGGAAACAUACCUUCUCAUAAGAUCUGUGGCAUGGCUGGAGUUUUGCACAGCGCCAGGCUCAGACAUAACUUGGCCGAGAAGCUCAGGGUAAACCCCGGAGACGUCCAAGGAUUCGUCAUAGGAGCCCACGGAGACAAAAUGGUCCCCCUGCCACGCUACUGCUGCGUUAAUGGAAUCCCACUGCAUGACUUCACCAAAAAGGGAGCAAUCACGGAGAAGGAGAUCAGUCAGAUCGUGGAGAAGACAAGGAACACAGGAUUGGAGUUACUGGACUUGUUGCCAGAAGGAUCAGUUUGUUUUGCGCCUUCCUUAGCUAUUGUGGAAAUUAUUGAGGCUUACUUGAAAGACUUAAAGAGAGUGUUGGUAUGCUCUGUGCCACUGAAUGGCCAAUACGGCCACAAGGGAGUCUUUGCAGGUGUUCCCGUGGUUAUUGGAGGAAAGGGAAUCGAGAAAAUCAUUGAGCUCGACUUAAAUGCACAAGAAAAGGAGCUCUUUGAUGACUCACUAAAGCAUAUUAGCUACUUGUUCGAGAACUACAAACACGAGGCGGUCGUCGACGAGGAAGCCAAGCCAAACUAG